AUACAACCACAUCUAAUCCCAUAAUAUGUACACAACAAAGCUCUAUCUCCUUCCUCUCUUCCUCACCUUUCUCCCGUUCCUCGCCCAAGCCCGCAGUUAUGGCGGUCGUCGUGGUGGCAUAGCCAUUUACUGGGGCCAAAAUGGCUUCGAGGGAACCCUUAAUGAAACGUGUGCCACCGGAAGAUAUGAAUACGUCAACUUAGCUUUUCUUAACAUUUUCGGAGGGGGACAAGUCCCGUCUCUGAAUCUAGCUGGUCAUUGUGACCCGGCAUCUGGUGGGUGUGUUAUCCUGUCUAGUGAAAUCGAGUUUUGUCAGUCACGAGGUAUUAAGGUUCUCCUCUCCCUAGGGGGCGGUAUUGGAAAUUACUCAUUUUCCUCUAGGGACGACGCCAAAAACUUUGCUAAGUAUUUGUGGAACCAUUUUCUAGGAGGUCACUCAAAGUCUAGGCCCCUAGGAAAGGCUGCACUGAAUGGUAUUGAUUUUGAUAUUGAGUCGGGGUCCACUUUAUAUUGGGACGACUUAGCAAGAUUUUUACACGGGUACAGUCGUGGGAACGGAAAGAAGAAGGUGUAUCUAGGUGCCGCCCCUCAAUGUCCGUUCCCUGACAGGUUUCUAGGCACACCCCUAGAAACUGGCCUAUUUGAUUACGUGUGGGUCCAAUUUUACAACAAUCCACCAUGCCAGUAUAAUGGCAAUAUUACAAACCUUAUCGACUCAUGGAACUUUUGGAGCUCACAAAAGUACAUAAAGAAGUUGUUCAUGGGGUUGCCGGCCGCCACUCAAGCCGCCGGGAGCGGGUUUUUACCACCAAAUGUGCUUACCUCUCAAGUUCUACCCGAAAUCAAAAGAUCACCCAAAUAUGGAGGGGUUAUGUUUUGGUCCAAAUAUUGGGACGAUCAAAGUGGCUACACUCAACAAAUUGUCAACUUUGUUUGAAUUAUGAACCUAAUAAUUAAGUCGUCUUACCACAUUCAAUAAUGUGUUUGUUUUUUUUUAUUGUAUUUUUCCAACAUAAGUUGAAUCAAAGUUUGUGAUUGAAUGAUUGAAACCAAUGUAACCCAAUGCGUAUUGGGCUUACUGGGCUACCUAUUCUGGACUUAA